CACCGCGUUUGCGUUUGCAGAUCACCCAAAUUCCAUUGCGUCUGUCAACCCAAAUUUCUCUAGGGUUUCCUCUCCCAUUCGCGCGGGCUUUCUCCCCUUCCUCUUCGUCGCCAUCCACCGCCGAAGUCGAGCUCCGACUUGGGCUUCGUCGCCAUCUCCGACUUCCUGUGAGUCGCCAUCCACCGCCGAAGACGAGCUCCGUCCUGGGCUUCGUCGCCUUCUCCGCAGAAGACCAUCUCCGAUUUCGAGUUUCAGACCACCGGCGCAUCUUCAUCUUCUUCCAUGCGAGCGAUCUUGGUCUUCGACCACCGAUUUUGAGUAUUCGUCCACCGAAAGCGAUCUUGGUCUCUGUUUCAGCGAGCGAUCUUCGUGUUCGCCAUCUCCGCCGAAGUCGACCUCCGAUUCCGACUUCAGACCGCCGUUCAUCCUCGUCGCCAUCUUCGUUCACGGAAAAUGUCUGCAUAUGAGAAUGUUGUUGGUGGGAAGCUAAAGUUGAAGGGUAAAGCAUUAGAUGUCAAGGCAGAAGGGAUGAAGAAGAAAAAGAAGCAUAAGAAACAUUAUGAUCAACUUUCUCAAAUUAGUGAAAAUGAACUUUCUGCAGGUGGAAGUACAGGACUGUCAAUAGAUGAUACAAAUCAAGAAGAUGGAAAUGAUGCCAACAAAUCGACUGGUGAAGGACACGCUGUUUCUUAUGACGAGCAUCUGACUCCGGCAGAGAGACGCUAUAUGGACCAGAAGGAGAAAAUCGACGUCCAUCGGCUGGCUAGAACCGCUAACAAGUCACACCGUGACCGGAUUCAGGAUUUCAACCAAUAUCUGGCCAACAUGAGUGAGCAUUAUGACAUUCCUAAAGUUGGACCUGGUUGAUUUAAGUUGCUUCAGCCAGCAGAGUUCAACUUAAAGCAAGAAGAGAUCAUGAAUGUGUGUAAUUGACGUUCUGAUGCUGGAAUGAAUGGGAACCUAGCUGUCCGUCUACUGCGUCUUCCUGCCUGCCUGCCUGUUAUGCCUUGCUGAUAUUUGUAGAUGAUGCUUACCUCUCUUUUUCUCUCUUAUUGCACGUGUAUUUAAAACCCCUCCCCUGUUAAAACCCCUCCCCUUAACAGGGGAGGGAGAGUAGUAACACGUGUAGAAACACUAUCAGCGACUACUCAAUGCCAUAUUUCUGUCAAAAGAUCAUUGACCUUUUGAUUGUUAAAAUCA